GAAAGCAUCGCGCCCGCCGUCACAGCCUCUCCCAUUGAGACACCCUUACUUGUGGUGGAUGGUAGCGGGUGGAUCGUGUGCCGCUUUUCACUGUUGCGAGCUUUUAUGCCAGUGUUGAAUUGGUUUAGACUUGGUGCUUACCUUAAACUAGUACUUGAUGAUUUAGAAAAGAAGUUGUGUGCUAGUCGGCUUGUGAAACGUCGGUAGUGAGAUGUGAAGUUGUAAUAAUAGUCAUGAUAAUAGCGAAAACUACAUAUAUGACUUAAAGAGAAAGAAAAGACUUACAAGUGGAGUACGUUUUGUAGGAAGCAAACAUGUUCUGAGAUUAGGUCUUGAGGCAAACACUAAGUAAACAUCUGAAGUCGAAAUACUAUGGACUUAAACUUACAGCGAUUUAUUCCUCUGUGUUCGGUGUGUCAUGUUCGCUUGUUGAAGACGUGAUAGUCUGAGGCCACCAUGCAGCAGGUGAGGGCGUUGCCGCUGGCCAUGGCUGGUGCGGUGGUGGCUGCAGCGGCCUUGUUGGCAGCCACGGAAACUCGCUCCCCAACACCCAUCAUCAACACCAAGUACGGCCAACUGCGGGGUUUUUAUCGGUCCGUGGAUGGAUAUGGCUUGCGUGUGGCGACGUACCUUGGUGUCCCUUACGCCACGCCACCGGUGGGCGCCAAUAGGUUCAGUCCUACCCGAACGUUGUCACAGUGGGUCGGGGUACACGAGGCCGUCACCUUCGGUCCUGCUUGUCCCCAAAGACUACCGAACAUUUCCAACGAGACCGCGGCACUCACUCGCAUGUCCCGCGGGAGACUGCGGGCCUUGCAACGUUACUUACCGGCCCUUAAGCGGCAAAGCGAGGACUGCCUUUACCUCAACCUCUACGUUCCUAAUGAAGCCAAGCCCUCUGCCGCCUACCCUGUGGUGGUAUUCCUGCACGGAGAGUCGUACGAGUGGGGAUCAGCCAGCCUGUAUGACGGCUCGGUGCUGGCGGCGCUGGGCAGAGUCAUCGUCGUCACCAUCAACUACAGGCUUGGUAUUCUGGGGUUCUUCAAUCCCAAUGUGGACCCUGUCGGACGUGCGACUGUGGCCAACUACGGACUCAUGGAUCAGCUGGCAGCGCUGCAUUGGGUACAGGAGAACAUUGUACGCUUCAGUGGUGACCCAGGACACGUGACAGUGAUGGGGCACGGAACAGGAGCUGCUUGCCUCAACUUCCUGGUCAUCUCUCCAGCUGCGGCAGGCGCGGGACUGUUCAAGAGAGCAAUCCUCAUGUCCGGAUCAGCGUUGAGCCCUUGGGCGGCUGUGCAAGAGCCUGUGUACUACGCCGUGCAGGCCGCCCGUCAGUUGGGAUGCACUGUGCCGGAAAACUUGUACCGUCACUACGAGGCGCUGCUCCACUGCCUCCGUGACAGAACUGUGGACCAGAUUCUGCAGGUAGACUUAGAAACACCGCAGUUCCUGUCGUCCAUCGGGCCAAGUGUAGACGGCGUCACGAUCCGGCCUGAUUGGAAGGAGCAGCUUGAAAAAAUGGGUUCGGAGGAUCGCACACCCGUGGAUCUUCUCCUGGGCGUCACCACCACCGACAUCCUGGAGGUGUUCAGUGACGCCGAGAUUCAACACGGAUUCGAAGCUGACUAUCGCGACCGUCUCCUCAGGACCUUCGUUACCAACAACUACCACUACCACCUGCAGGAGAUCGUGCUAGCCAUCACAGCAGAGUACACCGACUGGGCCCGCCCUGUGCAGCACCCAGUACACAUCCGUGACCUGACCGCUGAGGCUCUCCACGAUGCCGCCUACGUGUCGCCUGUUACCGUCGCUGCCAACCAGUUGUCAAGCUCAACCAGAACCACUUUCCUGUACGUGCUGGACCACCGACCAGACAACCCUGACCCAGAGACUGGGCCUGAAAUCUCCCUCAACGAGCUAUUGUACGUGUUUGGAGCACCCUUAGGUCCAGUAGGGCCUCUGGCGGCACCGUAUAAUUACACUAAGACGGAAGUGAGCCUGAGCGAGGCAGUAAUCACGAUGUGGACCAAUUUCAUUAAGACAGGCAACCCAAACGAGAGCGGCGUUAGUGGGACGGGUCCAUCAGCCAGCAGGGAGACGCACCGCUACAGGAGUCCCGAGUGGCCUGGCUACGAUGAUGUUUACAAGAGGUACCUCGACCUGGGAGGGCGUGGCCGUGCUCGGGACCAUUACAGAGCAGGACGGGUCGCGCUGUGGUCGUGGUUGAUUCCUGGAUUGGAGAAAGUUGGCUCUCGCUACGGCGUAGAUUCCUCGUUCCACAAGCUGCCAGACCACGACGAGGUUGACACGUAUUCUGGCCCGACGCGUCCAAGCAAUCUGUCAAGUAACUUUCUGCCUCCUUCCACUAUUCUCGCACCGACGCGGCUCAUCACUCCUGUGCAAGUUCAUGAAGUGCAUCCACCUACUAUGCUUGUCUUUCCCAACUCCAGCCACGUCGCAGGAUUGUUAGAAGAUGUAUCGCGUGGCCAAGUUUUUCCUCACCACCAGCAACACCUCGGUCAUUUCCCGUACACGACUGCUCUUAGUCUUACUGUCGCCAUCGGAUGCUCACUUUUAAUCUUGAACCUUCUAGUUUUUGCGGCAGUUUACUACCGUCGCGACACAUCUCGUCAAGGAAACAACAAAAUCGCAGGCUUAGGCACACAUGAAGGAAACAAUACCGAGGGCAGUACUGAUGUUCAGCUCCGCCCGUCAGGUGAAGCAGUCGCUGCCAAACCUUCGUCACCGUCUCAGUGUGGAACGUUACGUAGCAGCUUAGCCACAUCGUGUGACAGUGAAGCACACCAAGAAUGGCCGCCAGACUACAGUAGCUGUUGUCAGACCAGCAAGGGAAGUGAGACAACUGUUACGAGAACGGGGGCUCGACCACCUCACAAUGGUACGGCGCGUGUGGUUUCACGGCCGCCGCCUCCCCCAAGAUCCUCUUCCUACCCGUCCCACAAAGAACCCCAGCCGCUGCUCUCUCCAACGGCUCUCCUCCACUCCAAUAGCACUGUUUGUUCGGAGAUGCGUGUGUAAAACCGUUGCUGAGAUGAAGAGUCUUCGAUUACCGAACUUAUACUAUUCCUAAAAACAAACUAAAAAACAGUAACAAACACUGAUAUAGAAAAAGAUUCGUGUCUGCGCUAGAAAAAACUUGUGUAUCAGCAAAGAACUUUACUGUAAUAGUUGUGUUUCAGUGAAAUUUUACACUGUCAAAGAUUUAUACUUCAUGUGUACUUAUGUUAAGUGUACGUAAACAAUUGACAAUCUAAACUACAAAAUUAAUAAACGCUAAUAGUUUUUCACAAUAGAAAUUACUUGGAUGUUUGAUGGUCAGGAUCCAAAUACCGUUCCGGGAAGUGUAUAAAGUUUGAGUAAAUAUUAUUGGAAUUAGCUUAUUAUAUUCCAACAAAACAAAGAUAAAAUGGUGAUUGAUUAAUCAUUAAGCACCAGGGGUCAGACAGGUAUCAAACCUUUGAUCCGAGUGUUCACGCAGCAAGCAGUGAGCGUCGCUGUGGCAGAUGGCCAACUUUUCGGUCAAAUGCGUGACAUUGAUUGCGUGAGUGACGAAGACAAGUGAUGUAAGUGACAGUGCUUUAUGUAAACUGUAAAACUGAACUCACAUCUCCCGCCAAUCACUUGACAGAACAUGAAUCACCCAAAAGACACUCUGGCUGAGUAUGAAAAGCGCCGUUUGGCAGUGAAGGGCUGUGUAAAGAGAAAGGAUGAAGAGGAAAAGCAUGUGGAACUAGACACUGACUGUGAUUAUUUUGCUAUUUACUAUUUUGUUGCCUAUUUUUUUCGUAUUUGGGCGAGAUGACAUUUGGUAGGGACUGAGAAAAACUGGCCGGUUUAACUUUGAGUUUGGGCGAAUCCUGGGCGUCAACUGUUGUCGCACGGCUGUCAGGCCCGGGUAUCGUGGGCAUGUCAGCAGGUAGCUACUCAGCCACACUCAAGGAAAAUACUCCAACUCCAAACACCCCACCUCUGCUUACGCUGUACUCGCUGUGAACAUUGCAGCUAAGUUUUCUAAUUAGUCCCGGGGCUGUGUACUGUUUGUUAGAUACUUAGCCAAGACAUGUUCUUUCGCCUCUGUAAGGAGACUGGCGAAUGAGUGGGCCUUUUUUCUUUAUAUUUUUGUUGCCCUUGGCCAGUCCUCCUUUCUUACAUAAAGAAAAACAUGGGUCUGCACAUCAUCAGGUAAAUGUCACGUCUAACGUAGCCUGGUAACAACAUAUUGAUACCUAGUCGCUAUUCCAGGAAGAGUGCAAGAUAGUCUCGGUGCUAAAACUAGCGGUUAGCUCAGUAGAUGAACUUCAUAACUCAGACUAUCAAUCCUAACAUACCGACUUAGCAGCUCUGGUAAUUAGAUCACAGAAACUCUGGGAAUUAGAUCACAUUGAGAUAGCGUCUAACGAGGUAAUUAAAACCAGCAAAAAAAAAUUAUGGACACCAGCAAAGUCAGAGAAAUCCACAUAAAUAAAUUAAUUAACCAGUACAGAGUUUGUCUGCUUUUGAUAAGAAAAUAGGGCACAGCUACCAAGUCAUUUUAGUCCAACCUUCAAAAUACCUUUAUAAAAAAAAAUCAGGAUUUCUCCAUAUCAAUAUUUCAAAGUAAUUAAUGAAAAACCGCUAAACAGCUUACGCCAAGAAGAGGAACAUGAUGACACUGGACUGCAGACUAUAGAGUGUGUGUGUGUGUGUGUGUGUGUGUGUGUGUGUGCGUGCGUGCGUGCGUGCAUGAGUGCGUGUGUUUGUGCGCGUGUGCUUGCGUGCGUGCUUCCGAGAUUGCGUGAGUGCACGUGCGAGCGCGCGUCUUAAUAAAAUGCAUCCUGCAUUCGGUUUCUGACUCCUCUAAGCAAGAGAAAGUGUGGAUGAUGGCAUGAGCAACAAAAAGCUGUGGCAUAAAACCAGGAGCGCUAAGCAAAGGUUCGGAGAGUUGAAGCUAACACGUCGAAUAGGAACAGUAAAGCAAUACUCGAUGGCUAACUGUAUAUCCUUUAGAAAUACAGACAGGUAUGAAAGGUAAACGUAAGGAUGUAUUCAAAUGGCUUUUUUUAUUUAUAAUCCUAGAAAGUCAAUAAGAUAAUUAUCCCAUGAAGUGUUGUUACCAAUAAGUACUUGAGGUGGCGAAGGUUUGGUGAGCUCAUGGUAAGGCUGUUUGUCCAGUGGAAUAUUGAAAUAGGUGGCCAUGCACCUGAUACGCCUUCACUGAACAUUACAUUACCUUGGUCAGUCUGUAAAUAUGAUUUUUUCGUUAUUAUUUUAUUAUUUCAUUUAAUUUGCACGUAGUUAUCUUGUCUUAUGUAAUAAUGUUUUAGAAGGGUGGUAGAUUAUCACUUGUAAAAAUAAAGUUUAAGAAAGUAG